AAGACCCGCUGAAAUUCAAAGUUAGAGGAGGAGACCAGAGCAUAUAACAACAAGAAGGUUGUUCCUUGUUUUCAGUCAGUUAGCGUCGACCCGUUUCAUACAGACUGUUGUUUCACACAGACUUCUUUUCAGCUCAGUAUGGAAGCUGGUGAGGAAAAUAAUGGCAAUGUCAACUUGAAAAGACAGAGAGCACCUCUGUCAGAUUCUGAAGACAAUGUCCUCUCACAAUCAGAGGUGAAUGAUGGCCAGAAGCGGCGGCGUCUGGAGGCAGCUGGUCAGGAGAACCGUAGUCCUAAACCAUCCUCCUCUGGACGCCUAGCUGAGCUGGAGAUGAAGCCAGACACACCGAUGGUUCCUUCAGUCCGGACCCGAGUCCAGCAACUCACCCAGCGACGAGAGGGUGCAGCUCCUCUUGCCCAGCGGUGCCUGUCGGAUCCUGGAGCUGACAGUCCAUCGCUCUUCAUCCACAAAAAGGGCCUCAGAGAGCAUCUCCUUGGUGAGGGAGAAUUUAAUCAGCGAUUGGAGCGUUUCAAAAUGCCAGUCUUCCAAGCUAGCCCCAACCCCACACCAAGCCCUGCCAACCCCUCCCCACGGACCUGCUCCAACUUUGUGUCUGCCAUUCAGGAGAAACUCCACAGUACUACAGCACCCAGCUCCAAGCAGGCUUCACGCAUACGCCAGGAACGGGAACAGGAGUUGAACCAGUUGCCUUUUCAACCAAUCAGUGAGAAUGCCUGGCUGAAAAGGAGCAACUCUGAUCCCUCAUUAUCUCAGGCAUGGACCACUCCUGGCCCCUCAUCUCCCUCCUGGGUUCCUAGAUCUAGAGGGAGAUUUCAUUGGCCUCCUAUGCAGCCCUGGGAUCAGAUGGACGGUGAUGCUGAGAUGAAAGAUGGAAGUUUUGAAGCUCCUAGAACAGGUGCAGAGAAGCAAUGUUCAGAUGGGACAGGUGAAAGUGCACCCAGUCACUCUGAAGCUCCUGAAGUGUCUGUAGAGCUUGGGAACUCUACUGAGGCAGAGCUGCACCUGGAAUGGAAGAAGCAAAAUACUCAUCAGGGUGAUGAAGUCAGGGAGGAGAAACAGCACAAGGCCUCAGUUGGAAAUGAGGAAAAUCAGCCAGGGACCCGACAACCACAGACACAGACUGUACUGAAGCUGUCUUUUAGCGAGGAUCAGAGUUUCUCUAAAGCACCUUUCAGUGAGGACCAGAAUGUGUCGGAGUUGCCUACGGGUGAAGAGCAAUGCUUGCUAGAAUCAACUCAUUUAGAGGAGUCAAACAUGAAGGGAACAGUCGAGAUUUCCACAUUAACUGAACAGGGCAUGUCUGAGGUGUUUUCCUGUGAAGAAAUUGAUGGUUUUUCAUACAGUGAAGAGGGGAUUGAGCCUUCAACAGAUGAGGAGGCAAGGUCUUGGAGAUAUCCUCAAGACAAGGUGUGCAAGGAGGAAGAGUCUAUUAUAGCUGCAGAACAGGAGGGAGAUGUGAGUGCUGAGGAGAAAGAAACGGAGUUGGGAUCAUCCAGAAUGGAAAAAGAGAAAAGAGGCAGUGUUUCAGAUCACAGUGAACCCUCUGACAUUCAGGACAGUGAAUGCUUUUUGGGUAAUGUCUCAGCUGAGAUUGCUGGCUCCUCUGAAAUGCAGGACGGUGAGAAACCUCAGGAGGAUGAGGGUGUGUUAGAAAGCUGUUUAGAUGAUUCUGUGAAAGAUCAGUCUAAUUUAAACAGAGACCAAGGAAACAUAGAGUCCUGUGAGGGAUUUUUUAACGGAGCCGUUACAGAAGAUAACAAUAUUUUUGCAACAAAACAUGAUCAGGAAGAUAGAGGAGGAUGUGGUCAUAAUGAUGAUAUAUGCCAACAGCCAGAGACAGUGAAUAUAAAAGAAAAGGACAUGGAUCUUGAGUCAGACAGAGGAGUGGGACAAACGGAGGCAUCUCCUGUUGUCAGUGUUUCACAAUCCCCUAAAGAAACGCAGACAGGGCACACAGAGCUUGAAAGAAAUAUUGAAGAUGUAGCAAAAGCUGAGGAAGAGACUCCGACUGAAUCAUCAGACAUAGAUGGAAAUGAUGACGCUCAGAGUUUGACAGAGGCACAGGUGUCAGUUAUUUUGGAGACAGAAGAAAUGGAGCAAGAUGCAGGACAUGAAAGGGAGGGUGUUGUGGAUGGGCUGAUAGGAGAAACUCACAAGGCAGAGGCAGGAGAAAGCUCUAAGAAAGUCACCUUUAUCCUGGAGCCUGAGCUAAUUAAUGACAUAACCCUACCUGAGGCCAGUACCUCCAUGGAGCCCAGGGCAGAGACAAGUAUGUCAGAUGCUGAACUGAGCUGUCAUGAUGAGACCAACACCGCUGAAAUAAUUGAUCAGAUGUUCGAGGAGGUGUUGGAAUAUGCUGGAAGGGUAGAGGCAGAGAGGGGCGAUGAUGAGGACACUGAGGACCAUGACAGUGGCAUUGGCGUUUGCUCUGGAGACAAAGAAAAACUGGACACGGAGUCAGAGAAGGAGAAAAGUGAAGAGGAGGGUGAUGAGAACAAGCUGCUUGAAAGCGAUAGAGAAGAGCUGCUGACUUUUCCUCCCAGUGGCAUCCUGUCCCCUCUCAGCAAGUCUGUAGAGGCUGUAGUCACCCCUAUGCGACUGGAAACGAGCCAGGAGUCCAAUCUUCCCUCUCUGCUCUUGACCCCAGAGGAGACCACCCCCCCUCUUGCUGAAUCUGCUCCUCUAUACAGUAUUGAUGCCUAUCGCACACAAAGACAGAGAAAGCUUCCCACCAUUCAGAGUGUCACUCCUGGGGUUCAGAGACGAGCUCCGGAGAAGUCCCAACCUCAACCCUCUGUCAACACCAAGGAGAAAAUCACAGCUCUAAAUACAGAAGCAGGGAAGUUGCAGACUGUGAUCAACCAGACCCUGCAGGCUCUGAGCUGCUGUACUGAUGAGGAGCACGGACGAGGCUCGCUGGAGGAGGCGGAAGCUGAGAAACUCCUGUUGGUCUCAUGUGAGAAACGCUCUGCUCUGCUGGCAGAGGUGACCAGACUGAGGGAGGAGAGGAACUCGGAGUCAGCGGAAGCAGCAGGAGAGGACAGGGAGUAUGUUUCCCAACAGGCCUGCAGAGGGACUGUCAGCAUCACAAACAUCCAGCUGCCGCUCAAGGUGGAAUUCGUCUGCUCAUCACACAACCGUACAGGUCGGCCAAGUCACUACUUUUUUGUCCUGAUCCGCUACGGCCCCUGCAACAUUGUCGCCACCCCGCUGGCCACGGCUGCUGAUGCUCAGAAUGGAGACACCAUCUCCUUCCCUACUUCUGUCACUCUGAAGGAUAUCCGCUCUUCCUUUGAGAUUGAUGUGGAAGUCUAUAGCUUGUCCCACACUUCAGGUAGUAGCUGCAGCAUGGACCGGACCACCACCAAGUCACGGGUCACACCAAGGAAGCUCCUGAACACCAUCACAAGAUCCAAUAACACACUGACAUCUGCUGCUCCGUCUGCUCUCAAUACUCGUCGCUCCAGCAACUUUUGUCUGGUGGGCUCCCAUAAGAUCACCUUGGCCUCACUGGGACACAGCAAGUUCCCGCUGGACAAGAUGAAACUUGAAGGCAAAAUCAGGAGGCUGCUGGGAGAUGAAUUUCAGGAAAAGGUGCCUUUUCUCUCUCCUCUAGAGGGCAACAUCUACCUGCAUCUGGACAGCGAGAGUCACUCUAAUGUACAGCACCAAGGCUUCCUGACAAUGUUUGAGUUGCUCAAUGGAUACGGUGUGUGGCAUCGCCGAUAUUUUGUUCUGGAGGGAUGCAACAUGCACUACUGGAACCACCCCAACGACAAAGAAACUAAGGAAGCAGAGAGCAGCAUCUCUUUGUCCAGCUCUCACAGUCAGUGCGUCAGGCCUGUGAAGAGGGACUCGUGUGCUCGACCUUUCACCUUUGAGCUGGUGAGCAACGUCCCUCAGCAGCAGGACGCCAGCCAGGAUGCCUUGGCCAAGUGUUGGUUUUCAGCUGACACCAAACAGGAGAGAUUGGACUGGAUGGAGAAACUCAAUCAAGCUCUUUUGGACUUUCACACAUGGAACCGCACGUCAGCAGCCCAAACAGAAAGUCAGCAGUCAAACUCGUCCAGCAGUGGGAACCUGAGGGAGAGCAUACUGUAACAACACCACGAGGCCAACGAACCUACUCUGUGUGGUAGAUAAGCUGACAUCAGGGUUUAGAUUCUUCACCUCAGAGCUGCAGGAGGUGAGCUGCUUCUUAACAGGCUCUGUUUCACAGUCGAAAUGAAACUGGCAAAUUGUAAACGAGGCAAAACAUUAUGUAUCUUAUAUUGAUUUAUUUUUUUUUGGGAGAUUAUUUGAUUUCCAUACUAUUGUUUAUUUCUUUUAACCUGAAUCCAGUCAUUGCCGUUGGGUUUCACUUUUAUUUGCUGAGUUACAGUUGCCAUUUGAAUAAUUUUAGUUUUUCUUUAUCAUGAUUUUGUGGAAGAAGUUUUAUUUUGAAUUUUCUGUGGCAAUCAGCUGCUUUAGCCUUUGUUGGCAAUAUUAUUUGGUCACUUUCAGUAGCUAAGGUGAAACUUCUUGUAGCUGAUAUAUUUUUGUAAUAAUUUACACAUGUAUUUAGAUUCAUAUUAUAUUUUUGCUUCGUAUAAACUGGAAGGAUAAACCAAUUUAUAUAGACAUACUAAUAAAUAUUGAAGGAGGAGGAAAUCUUUAACGCUACUAAACGUAUCUAGGGUGAGAAUGUAUUUCAAAUGGCACGAAACACUACAGAUCAAUAGUUCAUAGAAGGAGUGCUAGUUAAGGUUGGAAUGGGAGCCUUUCAUAGGCAUUCAGACAUACAGUUUUUGAUCAUGGGCCGAGUGGAUGCAUUGUAGAUGGAAGCAGGCUUUUUUUUUUUUUUACUGAACCAACAAAUAUUUGGCUGUUUCUGUAAAAUGUGAUAGAAUUUUUACUGAAGAAAUAACCAGUCAAAUUAUCAGACAGUCCCUCUUGUCAGGGCGUGUCACUACGUCUCGGAGAUUUUACUUCGUUCACAGUGGUUUGAAGUUUUCACUCAUUUUCCCAAGUGCACGAUUUGUGUUGCUGCACAUAAAUCAAUUCAUAUAUUUACAAUAUUAAACCAUGUUAUAUGUGUAAUGCAGUGGAUGAGGGAACUGAUGAGGUAAAAGAGGGGACUGUAGUGAUGCUGCUACACUGAAUGUAGUCUGUUCUGUCUGAUGUGUUCUUUUCCAUGUAUUUCCACCUAUCAGUCUGUCUCUUUGUUCUCAGUGUUAUUCAUGUGAACUCUCAUUCUAUGCACUUAAUGAAGUUACCAAUAAAAUAAAUGGAUUGAAAUGGCUACAAAAA